GUUGUCUUUUAAGUUUUGCAUAUGGAAAUAAAACAACACGGUAGGUAGUUUUAAAUGACUUUAUUGUUUUUCGAAGUCUCAUCCACGAAGGCUCGAACCAAUUUUCGAAGCACUUAUUCAACUCGUUUGCUGGCAGAUCUAAAACGGCAUUUUUGAAUGCGUCAACUGCUUCUUCUGGUGACUGGAACCUUUGACCGCGCAGUCUGUUUUUAAUUUUCGGGAAAGUAAAGAAAUCGUUAGGACUUAG